AUGGAUAUUGGUGUUUCUAGCGACCCCUACGUCAAGAUAUCCCUUGAACCUGAUGAGGAAAGAAAGAUUAAACAGUCUGUAGUACAAAAUGAAAUCUUCAAGUUCCCUACAACAUAUGAAGAGCUGCAAGAAAAGACCGUCCGAUUUUCAGUCUUUGACUUUGAUAAGUUUUCCCGCCAUGAUGCAAUCGGUGAGGUAUUGGUCAGGAUCAAUGACGUAGAUGUGUCACGUGAGCUGGAUGUGUGGAGCGAACUCAGGUCACCGCAGUCGAGAAAGGAGGAACUCGGUGACAUUUUGUUUUCAGUCAGCUAUCUGCCUACAGCUGAGAGACUGACGGUUGUGGUGCUUAAAGCUAGGAAUCUUAAAACAAUGGACAUCAAUGGAAGCUCGGAUCCAUUCGUGAAGGUGUCCUUGCUUCAGGGAGGCAGAAGGGUGAAGAAAAAGAAAACCAGCGUCAGGAAAUGCAACUGCAAUCCGACAUGGAACGAGGCUAUAAUAUUCAACGUACCUGCUGCUGCACUCAACGCAUGUAGCUUAGAGCUGAUCGUGAUGGACUAUGAUCUUCUGGGUCAAUGUGAGAAGAUAGGAGAAACAGUGGUUGGACCUCAUUCCGGAGGACUCGGCCAGGACCAAUGGACUGAGAUGGUCCAGACUCCAAGGAAACCGGUAUCAGUAUGGCACACGCUGAGACCAUGAAUCAACCCAUUCCACAAGAAUCCUUCCGAUUGAUGUUGAUAGAUUAGCAACAAACUCCUGCCAUGUGCCACAAGCCAUGUCACAAGUCAUUCAAUUGAAGUAACUUUAGGUUUCUCAACUCGUCACCAAGUUUGAGGACAAGUUUCACGAAUGAAUUAUACGAGUGAGAUUUCAAUUCAUUAAACUCUAUUUCACUUCGCUUAAUUAACAAAUUGUACGUACAACAAUAUUUGCAGGUUACAUAUUCCAAACUGAACCUGUAUCUUUGCUCGAAGAAAAAAACAUCGACGUUAGUUUAAGCAAAGCGUAUAGGUCAACACAAUGGCACGGAAGGGGCCAUAGCCUGUAAAUGAAAGAUCAAAUAAUGAGAAUCAGACAAAAAUUAAUUCAAGUCAUUGCGGGAAUAAUGGCAUUUUGAGCGUCCCUAAUUGAUAUCAGAUGUCAGAGUGUGUUCAUCGAUGACCCUGGUACUCCACGUUAUGUCAGCCACUGUGUACGGAUACGACUAAAUGUGUUUUGUAUUUGUACGCUUCGUUAAAACCAUGGGUGUACAAAUAGGACACAGUUUGAAACAUGUUAAUAUUUCAUAGGACAUGGUGUUUAUGGUGAAAUCUAAAUUCAGGUAUCGCUUCAUAUAGUGUUUAGUAUUAAAGCUUUCGCAGAUAAAAUAAUGUAGGGAAGCUUCAUGGCCGCGCACUAAAAUUGUAGCACUGUCUGAACAUUAAAACGAUUAAUUUGAGAAUUACAGUAUUAUACCAUAAUAAUGUCGACAUAAGUCCGAAUCGAGUAAUUCCGUUAAAGCCGACGCAUUGGUCUAAGAAUAACAAAAGUAUAACAAAACUUCGACAUCACACUAGCGUCCGUAGUUAAUCACGAUUUUGGACAAAUGCUGAAGGCCAAACUCGGGUUCAAAUUGUCAGUAGAAUACGGGUCCAAAAGAACACUUUCCGUUGGCCAAUCUUUUAAUUGACAAACAUUGGAUUGCCUUGGAGAAUAUUUAUUCGCUUAAGCUUGAUUCGGGCGGCAAAGCGCUUAUUAACUCACAACAUUUUAGGAUGAAAAUGCAAAUUAACAGACCAGCCGACAGCUAGACAUAAAUUAGUUGCACUAAAACCUUUAUUUUAAAGCUCUCAACUUAAGUCGGAUGACAAGACAUCGGUCAGAAUUUGCCGCUAUGUACCUAUGGGAAAUAGAGGGACCCUGUGGGACACCAGAUGCCUAUCCGAUUUUAAUUCCUACGUCCCCGCAGUGAUUACAAGGUAGGAGUACUCCUCAGGGAAUGUAGAUGGUUUAUGUGCUUGAUUUAUUAUGUUGGUUUGGUAUUAACGACUGUAAUGUGGAGGUGCCAUGGUAAAGAAGUUCAUUCACUUGACCCUCAGUCCGAGGGUUGAUGGUUCGAAUCCUAGCGCGGCAUUGCCGUAAUCCACAUCUGCCACUUAACCCCAGAUGCAAAUGGGUACAUGGAAACUGUUGUGUGAUAGUAAUUGCAGGGCCCUCAGGAAGAGCAGCAUUGAUGCGACGAGGUUUCCAAUGAAAAACAAAAUUAUUAUAAUUAUAUUAUAAUGUACCAAAGACAGUAUGAAUCCCGUUUACCUACAUAUGCACAAAUAAUAUGUGAAAGAAAUGCAUCAAACCCUUUGAAAAUUAAUCUAUUGUGUCCUCAGAUACCUAGGACUCACAUGAAUUUAAUGAUAGUUUUCCGAAGUAAUAUUUCUAUUGCAUAGAGGUGUUGAAGUCUAGUGGAUACGUCUCCUGACUGUACAGCACAAGGUAUGGGGUUCAAAUCCACGCCGAAGCACUGCCGUCCUUUGGCCCGACACGAAUCUACAUUUGCUCUCGACCCAGGAAUAGUAAGUGGAUACCUGGCAGGAUUUAUUCUGUGAAUGCAUGGGCGUUACGGUUGCUGUGAAGCCCGGGUACUUUUCCUGGUAGCGUGCCAUAGUAAUUAGUCUUCUUGGGGUAGUUGUCCACCAUGCCAUUGAUGUAGAAUCUUUCGAAAGUCGAUUUCCAAGAUAAUAUACUACAAUGGCGCGUGGAAACAUCACAAUGAUGAUGAUAAGAAAGAGAAGAAGAAGAAGAAAAAAAGAAGUAAAAGAAGAA